AUGGAAACUGAAAAAAAUAGCGAUCGAGGAGAAUGGUUGAAUUUGAGCCUGGGAAGGGAACCAUCUCAAACGUUAAAAGACUCGGAGUCACAAUCAAGACCUGCUUCUACGAAGGUUUUCUCAUGUAACUUCUGCUUGAGGAAGUUCUACAGCUCACAAGCAUUGGGGGGUCAUCAAAAUGCUCACAAAAGAGAAAGAGGUGCAGUAAGAAAUUACCAGUGGCACAGGAUGGCAAUGAUGGCCCUACCUAUUCAUACUUCCAUGAUCAGAUCACUUGGCGUUCGACCUCACUCACUUGUGCACAAGCCAGGCAUGGCUCAACCGCUUGGAGGAAGAUUAGGUGAGGCUAGUACUGAAUUUGGAAUACAACAUCUGCCCAACCACCUGGAGGAAGCAGUAGAUUUGCUGUGGCCUGGAAGUUUUCAUUUGGAUUCAAACCAACCAGAGCAGAAGUCACCGAGUCCAAACAAGCUUGACCUGAAUCUCAAACUGUACAGCAAUCCAAGAGAUGUGCGCUAUCAUAAAGCAGGACUAGUGCCAGAAUUUCCUCUCGUCUGA